AUGUUGAAUAACAAAGCUAUAAUUGCUUUCAAACGUAUUAUGAUUGAAUACAUUUUUCCGAAUAAUUUCGAUUUGUCGCUAUCACCAGUGACGUUGGAUAUGGAUAUUGAUAAAUAUUCACUAAUAGCAUGGUACGCCGAUGAACAUAGCCUAAAACAAAUAAUAAUAAAUCAAGCCUUACUUAACCGGAAUUUAAUGACCAACAUCUGGGCGUUCAGUGCGUUAAUAACGGCCGCCUGUUUUAGUGGUGGUAUAUUGACAUCAAUAGUGAGGGUUAAACCAACUAUUAUUAACUCCAUAACCGACAUAAUGAGUACCGAUAUGUCUGUAAAUUGGGAAGCAAUAAAAUUACGACAAGCCGUACUGACCUCUACCGGCAAAACAGUUUUAAAAGCAUUGGUCGAAAGGGGGCUGACUGUACGAUCCGAUAGGCGUUGGGACACGAGUUUAGAGUUGGAAAGUGUUAGGAAAGACGAUGGGACACAUGUCCGUCAAUUUGACCGCCGGACCGAUAGUAGUGUCCGUCCCAUUCAAUUCCAUGCCAUACAAGACUUGUUUACCGUUGGAAUUGGAUCAAAACACUGGAGCGACGUAUUAGAAUUGCAACCAAUCUACAAU